AUGGAAUUGUUUCUCCUUCUAUUCCUCAUCACUACUGAUUUCCUAAACAAUGUUUCAUGCUCUUUGUUUGCCCCAUCAGGAAACCCAACCCACAGUCUUGACAUCAACGCCAUAUUCCUGGGGCUCUGUCCAAGAUACAAUGACCAUGUCUCGGGAGGUGGAGAAUGCUCCGAGGAAUUCAUUUCAAGCAUCCACAAUGACCACAAGGAUCAGCCUUCAGAUGCUGACAUCGUCGUCUACCUCACGCUGGCACAGGAAGGCAAACUGGGCUUAAUGGACACCAGGGAUUUCGGCUUCGAUUCUGCAUGCGAGGUACUGGAGCACCUCUGUACCCCAGUAAUCCGACUACCCGAUAACGCUCGUUUCAGGCGUUCCAACUCCAACUCUACCUCUGCCUCCGACUCCACAUCAGGUUCAGAAAGUUCGGAGUCCACAUAAAAAUGAAGCGCACUAUACUUAUAUAUCAUGUUGGGUAGGCACAUAUCUAUUUUCUAAGAAAUAGAUUGCAUAUGAAAGUACGCAUUCCAGAAAACUGGUAUCAGAAGUCUGUAUACUAGGGAACAUAAAUCUAAAAGAUUUUUAUAAUUACCCAUGACAUAUGAUUUUACCUAAUAUGGGUAAUAAUUCCUAGUAUUUUGUGAAUGUAGUGCUGUUAGAGACCAUAGAACAUCUAGAUUCAUACGCAUAUCUGAUAUUCUGGUAUAUUAAAAUGUAAUAAUUUAGCAAUGGUCUGACAUUACCUAUUUUAUCAUCUAUGAUUUGCAAAUUAUUCCUUAAGUUGUAAAAUUCUCAUGAAAGUCUUUCAGUAUACUAUACAUGUACUUGUGUAUAUAUAAGGUGUUUAUAAUUGAGAGGACAAUGUAACAUACCAUUGAAAAAUUGAAAAACAAAUCAAUAACAAACUGACAUUUAUAAACAUAUACCGUGUGAGUAAAAAAACUUGACACCUCACAAAUCCCCAUUUAAAGGAAAAAAAUAUAUCAUGAAUGCAUAAUCAUUAUACAUGGUUGGAAAGAGUAUCUUCUCCAAAAUAAUUUAAUAUCAUUUUUAUGUGGUAUGUCUUCACGCUUGGAUAAUCAGAAGGUGUUCUGUGCAGUGGUGUAAAUUCAUGGCUUGUGCCAAAGUAAGGCAUGAAUGCAAUGAGUGAACCCGAGAUGCCAAUGAUGUCAUAAUCCUACAUGAGUUAGAAAACACAUAGAUCUGCAAAUCCCUUUUCAAUAAAAUUAAGUCAUGACUUGAGAA